GCUUGUCCUCCAUUGUCGCCUUCGUCAUCCUCCCGCCUCGACGCUGCCGACAACCACCCCGUGCAAAAUGAAGCUCUGGAGUCUCCUCCGAUUGUAUCUCGUCUCGCUCUUGGCCCUCGGCGCUGCCGCCGAGCUCUCGGUCAAGGAGGCCUAUGAGCUGGCUGAAAAGUCGGUGCUCUUCAUCGAAGAGGUCGAGUUCCAGGACAGCAUCUCCACCGGCUCCUGGGUCGUCUUUUUCGGCACCAAGUGGUGCCCCCACUGCCAAAAACUGACCCCCAAGUGGCUCAAGAUGCAGCAGGCCGUCCAGGAAUACGCACCCAACUUCAACGUCCGCAAAGUCGAAUGCACCCGGAACGAGGCUUUCUGUGACGGCCAGAACAUCCAGGGAUACCCAACUCUCAAACUCUUUGUCGAUGGCAAGUUCGUUGAGGAGCUUCCCGACAGAGCCAUUGUCGAUGAAGAUACUCUCAUCAAGUACGCCAAAGAAAAGGCCAUCGCCAGCAAACCCAAGGAGGACUAUGUCAACAAGCUUAAGGCCCUGGCUCUGUCCCAGUCCUCGGGCUCGUCCGUCAAUCCCAAGGGCGAGUUGGUUCAUCUCACCCAAAACACCUUCCCUGAUGCGUCGAGCAGCCAACCUUGGUUUGUGAUGUUCCAUGCUCCCUGGUGUGGCCACUGCAAAAAUCUGGCACCCACCUGGGAGGUUCUUGCCCGCGAGCUCAAAAACAAAGUCAAUGUGGGCAAGGUCGAUUGCACCGUCGAAACUGGCCUCCAGAAAAAGUACAAGAUUGCCGGUUUCCCCACUCUGAAAAUUCUACAGGGCUCCAACGAGAUUGGAGAGUACCGAGGUGCGCGUACCCUGGACGCCCUUCGCGAUUACGCCCUCAAGGUCUUCAACAAGCCCGUCUUUGCCCCGAUUCUCGCCAGCGAUAUCGCCACCGCUCGCUCGUCCCAUGAGAUCUCGUUCUUCUAUGUCUACAACCCUGUCGGAGCUUCCGAGGAAUCUCUGCACGCUUUCAUCAACGUUGCCAAGGCCAACCGCGUCGAUUCCCACUUUUACAUCGUCCCUGAUGCCGCUGGCUUCAAGUCGUUCAACAUUGCUGACAACUCGGGACCUAUUAUUGUCGCCUCCAAAGACGAUGGCGCGACCUUUGCUCUCUACGGCGACAGCCUCAGCGACGAGGGCUCGCUCACUCAGUGGGUUGCCAAGCACAAGGUCCCGGUUGUGCCGGAGGUUACCGGCGCCAAUUCGCAGCGCAUCCUGGGAGGCAACAACGUGGUUGUCAUGGCUAUCGUCCAUGGAUCCGAGCAAAGCCAGAAGCAGGGUGUUCUGAAGCAGAUCCGCUUGGCUGCGACCGAGUUCGCUGAAAAGUCCGACGCCACCGAUGUUUCGUUUGUCUGGCUGGAUGGCGAGCAGUUCGAUAGCUACAUCUUGCGCGUUUUCAAACUCAAGACUCACAACCUGCCGGCCCUCAUCAUUAUGGACCCCAAGACCGAGCUGUACUACGAUACUGGCGCGGACGGCGAGCGAUUCGAGUUGAGAUCGAGCGCCAUUGUUACUGCAGCCGUGAGCGUCGCCAAGCACGAUGCAGCCCUGACUCCCAAGUACAUCAACUCGUGGUUCUCGACCCAGAUGCGCCGCGUUGGCAAGGUUCUCAGCCCUCUCGGAAUCUUCGUCCUGCGCCAUCCGAUCGUCUCGAUAGCCGUUGUGAUCAGCGGUAUCCUUUACUUUAUCUAUUGGGUCAUGAAGGACGACACUCCUGCGGACUACCACACCGUCAAGAGCGAGUAGAUCCUAUGGCCGCCGUGAUCGAGGCUCUCGAGCACACGCUCUGGCGAUGAGCUUGCAUCGAGUUCCGAUGCCUCUGCUGGUUUACAUCGUGAUCAAUAGAGCUUGGGCCGACUGCUUGCUGGACGCAAUCGCAUACUCGGUCGCUGCAUCAACGAGGCAUCUCGGGGAACCCAUAUCGAUGACACUCGCUCCAAUAUCGUG